AUGCCCAAAGUUGGCUGUCAACUCACCUUUCUUGUAAAGGGUUCCUUCAUUUUGGUUUUGCUUUCAAUUCUGUUCGAAAUCGUACAUCCUGUAAACCUCCAUCAACCAUCAUCCUCACAUGCGGCGGGUGUGGCGAGACUCAAGGAAACCACCCUCCUGCCCUCAAGUCCGUACUGUGCGCAUGGUUUUUACACUAAAGAGGAGCUGAAGCCUCACCUUGAGAGGCCGCCACAGGAUCCCACGGCACAGGGUGUAAAUGGUGAACCCUUCGAGUCAUGGCAUCUGACUCCUGAAGAAGAAGAAGCGGAAUCACAGGGAUAUGAGAGGAACAUUUUUAACCAGUUUGCCAGUGAUCGCAUCUCCCUACACCGUGAUUUGGGUAGUGACACACGGCACCCAGAGUGAGUACAUCAGCUGUUCAUUAUAUCAGGAGAAAACACCAUAGUUCUUGAAGAAAUGUUACACACCAUAACGCAACAAAUUUAGACUAUUUUCAACUUUGAGUCCAGUUUGGACCACUUGCAUGGAUCAGCUGAUGCUCUGAUGUUGAAUUUCAUGUUCUGCCUGAACUAACCCUGUACUGUCUUUGGCUCUGGCAGCUGCUUAAAACAGAAGUUUCCACGUUGUCCAGGCCUCCCAACCACAAGUGUGAUCAUAGUGUUUCACAAUGAGGCCUGGUCCACCCUGCUGAGGACAGUCUACAGUGUCUUGCAUACAGCUCCUGCAGCCGUGCUCACAGAGAUCUUACUGGUGGAUGAUGCCAGCACACAUGGUGAGAUUCUCUACAGUGCUGCAUGUCAAGAUGGAUGAAAUCAUUACACAAUUUUCACAUUUGUAAUUGUCGAUUUCUUUUUCUUUAGAUCAUCUGAAGACACGCCUAGAUGAAUAUGUGAAACAGCUGAAAAUAGUACGUGUAUUACGGCAGAGGGAGAGGAAAGGCCUAACACCAGCUCGUCUUUUAGGAGCCAAAUCUGCCAAAGGAGAAGUCCUCACUUUCCUGGAUGCCCACUGUGAGUAACCCAUGAUACACUGUUUAUCAUUCUUUUCCACAAGAUUCAGUAUGAAUGUUCAAACAGGUGUGUUGAUCAGAUAGUGUCUUAAAUGAGUUUCUGACGGUGUGCUUUCUGAGGUAUUUAGUAGGUAUAAAGGGUGGAAAGGCCACAAAUUAAAAGCUAUAGGAGAGCGUUUAGUCACUAUGUUAUAUCAAAUGACUGUCACACUGCAUCUAUGUCCCCUAUUUCUGCACAGGUGAAUGCUUCCCAGGAUGGCUGGAGCCUCUUCUAGCUCGGAUAGCAGAAGAGCCUACCGCUGUGGUGAGCCCACAUAUCGCCGGUAUCAACCGGCAUGACCUUGAGUUUGAUAAGCCAGACCCAGCUCUUCGUCACGCCCGUGGAAAGUUUGACUGGACCCUUACGUUUAGAUGGGAGGUUGUUCCUGAAGAAGAGCAGGAGCGAAGGAAGAAUGAGACAGAUCCUAUCAGGUAAAUCAAACUAUUCAAUCAUACUGGCAUAGAUGGCACUUGAGCAUAUGUCAGUAAUGUUUCCUUAUUUUCAAGAUAACAAAAACAAAAGCAUUCCUGCUGUUUCUUUAAGUGUCAUCCUUCUCACUCCUUGAGAAUCUUUGCCUUGUAAAAAUUAUUGACUCAUGCAGCUAAAAGCAUAAAGAUAAUCUAAUUUUAUUGCUAAUGCUCUCAUCUGCUUCUUCUAGCUCAUAGAGAGGCAUCAGAAUUAAUUUUAGCCUUUCCAUUAAAUGAAAAAUGUCGAUAAAAUUAUGACAAAACUCUGAAAGUUUUUGUUAAAACCAUUAUGGUGUAUUUAGUGAUGUUAAAUGUCCACAUGAUGGUGCUAUUACAACAAGUUCUGAGUGAACUGUUGGAUCAUUAGUAAUGUUUAACUGAAGUUUACACAAUUUAACCUGUUGAUUCUCAACCUGCCAACCAACAAGUGAUCAGAUCUUGAUUUACUUUCAGAACUCCUACUUUUGCUGGUGGGCUCUUCUCUAUAUCCAAACUGUACUUUGAGCAUCUUGGGACUUAUGAUGACCAGAUGGAGUUCUGGGGAGGGGAGAACCUGGAAAUGUCCUUCAGGGUAAAAACUUGCUUUAGCCUUUUUCAUAAUAUGUUUCCUCCAGUGCGAUCUGUUUUCAGGUUUACUUUGUGUUGUGUCCUCCUCCCUGUCACAGGUCUGGCAAUGUGGAGGUCAGCUCGAGAUUCUUCCUUGCUCAGUUGUUGGACACAUUCACCGCCCGCACAACCCUUACCCCUUUCCCGACAGCUUCACUGUGAUCACUCGAAACCUGGUGCGACUGGCCGAGGUCUGGAUGGACGACUACAAAUGGAUCUUCUAUCGCACAAACAGAAAGGCAGCUUCCAUCUAUGAAGAGGUGAGUUGGAACGUACAGAAUAGUAUUGCGUCUACACUAUAUCAUCUUCGCAUUGUCCUACUUACUUAGACCUGUCUCUCUUUCGCCCUCUCAGAAAUCUUUUGGCAAUCUUACUGAACGCCAUGAACUCAGGAGGAGAUUAAAAUGCAAGAGCUUUUCUUGGUACCUGGACAACAUCUACCCAGAGGCCUACGUUCCUGACAUCAUGCCUUCCAGAUUUGGACGGGUAAACUUCUUAAUGUAACACAUCAAGUGUUUGACCAUGGAGGAACAUCAAGACAACAGUAUCAAGUUAUCUUUCUAGUAAAUGUUUUAUUGGUGUCAUUACUGUUUUUCUCCUUGCAGCUGGAAAACAUUGGUUGGAGCUGCUGCCUGGAUGCAACAGAUGAUGCUUUGACAUUGGACUAUGUUUUUGAAUGUAACAGUGAAUGCAGUCAACAGGUGAGCUAAAGCCAAUAUCAUCAAAAGAGAGCCAGAAAAAAACUAGUUUAGUGAAGGUAUCAGACAUUAUGCCCUGUUACACAAGUAUUUAAUGAGGCCGUCCAAGUUGCACUAGAUGGGAGUAGGAGAAAAUAAAGCAGUUGUUGUUUUGUCUACAGGAAUUUGCAUUAGUACAUGUUUUUGGUGGAAUAACUUGACAAACAAUUUUGUGUUUACAUUGCACACAGUUUACCUGUCCAAUCACAAAGCCAUACCAUGUUGCAGUUUGUAGUUGCUUUUCUUUGCAUCUGUUUUCUGCAGUUUGAUGGUUCUUUAUUUGGCUGAGCGCCUUCUGUGUUUUGACAUCCUUCACUGUUUCUUGACAGAUUCAGGGAGUGAAUAGUAUUCAACUUUAAUGAUGAUGGUCUUACUUGCUUUAAAGGGUUUUAGAGAGCAUCACAAUUUGGACCACUGAAGUGAAUUUAAAUUAGCUUUUAGCGAAAUACUCACAACUGCAAAAGUUAGAUACAUCCUAUAGCUUAAAAUACUUCAUCUGUUAUUCUCAGUAUUUUGAGCACACAUCACUGCUGGAGCUGAGGCUCAGCCCUGAUCUUGAUAAGUGUCUACAUGCGACCUCUGGGAGUUUCCUUGUGUCUCUUAAAAGCUGCCAUCUGAAGGGGAAAGGAACCACAGUCGCUGUCAACCAAAUGUGGAUCUACACAAAGGUAAUUUCACAAGUAUUUCUACAUCACCUUAAACUAUAGAGCAACAUCUGUGACAAUACUUUACCAAGCUUUACAAAGAAAUCCUGCCACUCAUUCUUGUCUCUCAACCACUAAAAACAGAUUUACAGCUUGUGUUGUUUUUUUUUUUUCAGAAAAACCAGCUGAUGAACUUGUUGACAAGAGAGUGUUUGACUGGCUUCAAUGGAUCUGUGUUUAUGGCCACCUGUGACGUAAACAAACUAAACCAAAAAUGGAUCUUCAAUCGACCCUAGUCUUGUUUUAGUAUGCAAAAUACCAUUCAACCAUGUUUUUUCUCUGGGUGGUGUAAGGAUGCAGUAUCUACUUUUAGUAUAGCAGCAUUUCAGAGAACACACUCAGUGGAAAUAGAAUAUUAUAUCUGUAAAUAUGUUUAAAUUCAUGUAUAAUCAACUGACUGCUUUCUUUGUUUACUUGGGCUGAACCUCUUUUCUCUAUAGAUCCUAAGCAGAACUUUCUCAUUAUAUUGAAUCACAAGGUCAAAGGUCAAUGUUGGUAACCUCAUAUCAAGCGAAUGAAGAGUGAUUUAUGUAAGCAGAGUUUAUGGAAAGGACUUUAGUUCAUGAAAAAUGUAUGUUGUAUGGAUUCUGUUUCUAGUGGUUAACCAUAGACUUGUGUUGAUUAUUAUCUCUUGGUUUUUAGGGGUGGUUAAUCAUUGUUCAUUCUUCAAAGUGAUAAUGCUGUGUAUUAAAUUUUAGCUUGGGAAUGUCUUUCUCUUCUUUGACUUCACAUACCUUGUCUGAUGAAGUAACACCUGUCGGUUAAAUCUGUUCGGCUGAAAUAUCAAUGGAAGGUUUCAACAGGAGUGUCUACUGUUUUUAAAAUGAACAAAAACUUGUUGACAUCCAUAUUUUUGUGUAUCAGGUAAAGAGCCAUACAUUGCCCAGACUCCAAACUCAGCUCUGGCAGCAAUAAAAACACUGCUUUCAACUAACUUCAUCUGGAUUUUAACUUACAAAAUCCAGAUGAUGUUUUUGAUGUACACUGUAGAGGGCAGUGCCGUCUAACUGCCUCUAUGGAGCACAGCAGGAAAUCCCUUAAGAGGUAAAGGGACCUGAGGUCUAUGACAAGAAAAAUAAAAAAAUUUAAUGGCUCUGAUGUGCUCAUUUACUUACUGCUGCUUUAGUGUGAACACACAUAUAUUUAAACACACUUUUAGAGAAAAGCUGGUCUAGACUGCACUAUUUGUUGUGUUAUUUUGUCGCGAUUACUUGUAGUCUGUAGCAUUACUCCUGCUAAUCUCUUUAUAACUGCAGAUAAAUCAUUACGGUGUCAUUUAAUAAUAAAUUGUAUUUAAAAUGUGCUUUUACAGGUGCUCAAAGGCGCCUUACAAAAAAGAAAAUAAAAUAAAAAACACAACUAAAAUACAGAAAAUUUUUGAGAAAUAAAACCAACGAUGUAAAAAGUUAAAAAAGACACAUGAGAAGAUAAUAAAGGAACAGUUCACAGGUUAAAAGCCAAUUUAAAAAGGUGUUUUAAAGUAUGGGGGAUCUGUACAGUCUUGGAUGGGUUUGGGGUGGCAGCAGAGAAGGCUCUGUCCCCUUAAUAACUACUACUUCACACUUCAAAUUAAUUACACUAUCAAUUAAGAAGAACACUACGCCAACACAACUUUUUACUAUCCUUGCACCAUCCUAAUUUAUAUUGCAGCACAAGCCCUCAAAUCAACUGAAUGAAAACAACAAUCAUAUACCUCCCAGGAAGAACUGAAUUCUUGACUCGCCAAAGGAAUGCACUACUUUAAUAAUUUAUUUGAAUUUCCCAUAGGGGAUGAAAUAAAGUCAUUCUUAUUCUUAUUCAUAAUGAGGAAAAUAUCACCAAAUGAAAAGCUGCACAGCUGCAGGACUCAUCUGUCAAUCCACAGGCACGUUAUCAUGAUUACAUUAGAUAGGAUCAUGAUAGGAAACUAUUUGAAGUAACUUUUUACACAUAAAACAGACACUGUAGCAUGAGCUAUGUGGUGGCCUACAGUGGCAUGAGAUUAUUUUUGUUGAUAACAAAUAUGAAAAAAGAAAUAAUUGGUGUGUCAUGUGAUAACAGUAAUAGAUUACACAGAAGUGUUUCUAACCGGUUGGACUUCAUGCUCGUACAACAAAAAUCCCCGGGCUUCCACAGGUGUAUAUAAACAUCAGAGUCACCUCCUGUCAUGACUUCAGUAAAACUUCAGCACAGGUGAUAGGACCCAUUGGUUCAGCUCUUAAGGCACAGUAAGUGAAGAUUUAGAAGACAUUUAAAAUCAUGAUAUCUAUCUCAGAACCUGAUAGGCCAGGAGGCAUGUCAUGAAUGACUUUUUUCAGGUUCAUUUAAAGGUAAUUUGUCUUUAAAGUGUAUAACUUUCAAAUUUUUGUUGUAAUUCAAUUGCUGUAAAAGUACAACUAGUCUUUGUCAAACAGCGCUGUUCUCUACUGCCUAAUAAGAGAGUAAACUAGAUUUAAACCAGUAGACUCAUUUAUACAUUUUGAAAUUUAUGUUAUUGGUUUAGCAGUCCAAUGAGCUUCUUUUGUUAAAAUGAAAUGAUUUUAUUGCUUAUCAAACGGUUGAGUGAGAUUGUUUAUUGUUAUAUCGUUUAUCUUUCAUUUAAGGAAACAGAUUAAAUCUUGUAAAGUCUUGGGUUUCUAUCUUAAGUUUUGGUGUCACAGCUACAUGUCCUUUCAGUUUUGUUUUCAGUAAGUCCUGCCCUCUGCAUACCAUGCCCAAAGUUGGUUGUCAACUCACCUUUCCUGUAAAGGGUUCCUUCAUUUUGGUUUUGCUUUCAAUUCUGUUUGAAAUCGUACAUUCUGUAAACCUCCAUCAACCAUCAUCCUCACAUGCGGCGGGUGUGGCGAGACUCAAGGAAACCACCCUCCUGCCCUCAAGUCCUUACUGUGCGCAUGGUUUUUACACUGAUGAGGAGCUGAAGCCUCACCUUGAGAGGCCGCCACAGAAUCCCACAGCACAGGGUGCAAAUGGUAAACCCUUCAAGUCAUGGCAUCUGACUCCUGAAGAAGAAGAAGAGGAAUCACAGGGAUAUGAGAGGAACAUUUUUAACCAGUUUGCCAGUGAUCGCAUCUCCCUACACCGUGAUUUGGGUAGUGACACACGGCACCCAGAGUGAGUACAUCAGCUGUUCAUUAUAUCAGGAGAAAACACCAUAGUUCUUGAAGAAAUGUUACAUAUCAUAAUGCAACAAAUUUAGACUAUUUUCAACUUUGAGUCCAGAUAGGACCACUUACAUGGAUCAGCUGAUGCUCUGAUGUUGAAGUUCAUGUUCUGCCUGAACUAACCUUGCACUGUCUUUGGCUCUGGCAGCUGCUUGAAACAGAAGUUUCUGCGUUGUCCAGGCCUUCCAACCACAAGUGUGAUCAUAGUGUUUCACAAUGAGGCCUGGUCCACCCUGCUGAGGACAGUCUACAGUGUCUUACAUACAGCUCCUGCAGCCGUGCUCACAGAGAUCUUACUGGUGGAUGAUGCCAGCACACAUGGUGAGAUUCUCUACAGUGCUGCAUGUCAAGAUGGAUGAAAUCAUUACACAAUUUUCACAUUUGUAUUUGUUGAUUUCUUUUUCUUUAGAUCAUCUGAAGACACGCCUAGAUGAAUAUGUGCAACAACUGAAAAUAGUACGUGUUUUGCGGCAGAGGGAGAGGAAAGGCCGAACAGCAGCUCGCCUUUUAGGAGCCAAAUCUGCCAGAGGAGAAGUCCUCACAUUCCUGGAUUCCCACUGUGUGUAACUCAUGAUACACUGUUUAUCAUUCUUUUCCACAAGAUUCAGUAUUAAUUUUUAAACAGGUGUGUAUGGAUCAGAUAGUAUCUUAAAUGAGUUUCUGAUGGUGUGCUUUCUAAGGGGUUAGGUAUUAAGAGUCGAAAGAGUGGAAAGGCCACAAAUUAAAAGCUAUAGGAGGGCGUUUAGUCACUAUGUUAUACCAAAUGACUGACACAAAUUGCGUCUACAGUCAGGCCCAGAAAUGUUUGGAUGGUGGUAAGUUUUGUUAUUUUAGCUGUUCACGGAAACAUAUUCAGGAUACAAUUAUAUUAUAAAUAUGGGCUUAAAGUGCAGAUUCUCAACUGCAAUUUGAGAGUAUUCACAUCCAAAUUGGAGCAAGGGUUUAGGCAUUACAGCUCUUUAAUAAGUAGCCACCUCUUAUUCAAGGGUCUAAAUUGGACAAUUGACUCGAAAGGCUGAAAAAAAGAAAACAAGGCUGCAUGGGCUCUUCCCUCAUUAACCUGUCAUCAAUUAAGCAGUUAAAAGGUCUGGAGUUGAUUCCAGGUGUGGCAUUUGCAUUUGGAAGCUGUUGCCGUGAAUACACAACAUGCGGUCAAAGGAGUUCUUAAUGUAGGUGAAACAGACCAUCCUGAGGCUGAAAAAAAAAGAAAUCCAUCAGAGAGAUAGCAGAAACGCUAGGAGUGGCAAAAUCAACAGUUUGGUACAUUCUGAGAAAAAAAGAGUGCACUGGUGAGCAUGGGAACUCAAAAAGGCCUGGGCGUCCAUGGAAGACAACAAUGGUGGAUGAUCGCAGAGUCCUUUCCAUGGUGAAGAAAUACCCCUUCCCAACAUCCACUUGAGUGAAGAACACUCUCCAGGAAGUAGGUGUAUCAGUAUCUAAGUCUGCCAUAAAGAGAAGACUGCAUGAGAGUAAAUACAAAGGAUUCACCACAAGGUGCAAACCAUUAAUCAGCCUCAAAAAUGGAAUUGACUUUGCAAAAAAAAAAAACACCUGAAGAAGCCAGCCCAGUUCUGGAACAGCAUUCUUUGGACAGAUGAGAUUCAGCCAAAUGCUGCAAAGUUGAUUGGACGGCACUUCACUGUACAGAUGAACAAUGAUCCAAAACAUACUGCAAAAGCAACCCAGGAGUUUUUUUAAAGCAAAGAAGUGGAAUAUUCUGCAAUGGCCGAGUCAAUCACCAGAUCUCAAUCCAACUGAGCAUGCAUUUCACUUGUUCAAGACAAAAAUCCAAAUCAUAAAGAUUGUGUCUCUGUCCAAAUAUUUCUGGGCCUAACUGUAUGUCCCCUAUUUCUGCACAGGUGAAUGCUUCCCAGGAUGGCUGGAGCCUCUUCUAGCUCGGAUAGCAGAAGAGCCUACCGCUGUGGUGAGCCCAGAUAUCGCCAGCAUCGACCGGCACAACCUUGAGUUUGAUAAGCCAGACCCAGCUUUUCGUCACAACCGUGGAAAGUUUGACUGGACCCUUUGGUUUAGAUGGGAGGUCGUUCCUGAAGAAGAGCAGGAGCGAAGGAAGAAUGAGACAGAUCCAAUUAGGUAAAUCAAAGUAUUCAAUCAUACUGGCAUAGAUGGCACUUGAGCAUAUGUCAGUAAUGUUUCCUUAUUUUCAAGAUAACAAAAACAAAAGCAUUCAUGCUCAUUUUUUCAAGUGUCAUCCUUCUCACUCCUUGAGAAUCUUAGCCUUGUAAAAAUUAUUUACCAUCAUUAUUUACCACCAAUUAUUUAUCUCAUCGGCUUCUUCUAGCUCAUAGAGAGGCAUCAAAAUUAAUUUGAGCCUCUCCAUUAAACUCUGAAAGUUUUUGUUGAAAACAUUAUGGUGUAUUUAGUGAUGUUAAAUGUCCACAUGAUGGUGCUAUUACACCAAAUUCUAAGUUAAAUAUUGGGUCAUUAUUGAUGUUUAACGUACUUUCAACAGGAUUUAACCUGUUGAUUUAUUUCUGAGAUUCUUAACCAGCCAACAAACAAGUGAUCAGAUCUUGAUUUACUUUCAGAACUCCUACUUUUGCUGGUUUGAUCUUCUCUAUAUCCAAACUGUACUUUGAGCAUCUUGGGACUUAUGAUGACCAGAUGGAGUUCUGGGGAGGGGAGAACCUGGAAAUGUCCUUCAGGGUAAAAACUUGCUUUAGCCUUUUCCACAAUAUGUUUCCUACAUUCUGAAUUGUUUUCAGGUUUACUUUGUGUUGUGUCCUCCUCCCUGUCACAGGUCUGGCAAUGUGGAGGUCAGCUCGAGAUUAUUCCUUGCUCAGUUGUUGGAUACAUUUUCCGCCCGCACAACCCUUACCCCUUCCCCAACAGCAGCAUUGUGAUCACUCGAGACCUGGUGCGACUGGCCGAGGUCUGGAUGGACGACUACAAAUGGGUCUUCUAUCGUACAAACAGAGAGGCAGCUUCCAUCUAUGAAGAGGUGAGUUGGAACGUACAGAAUAGUAUUGCGUCUACACUAUAUCAUCUUUGUAUGGUCCUACUUUCUCAGACCUGUCUUUCUUUCGCCCUCUCAGAAAUCUUUUGGCAAUCUUACUGAACGCCAUGAACUCAGGAGGAGAUUAAAAUGCAAGAGCUUUUCUUGGUACCUGGACAACAUCUACCCAGAGGCCUACGUUCCUGACAUCAUGCCUUCCAGAUUUGGACGGGUAAACUUCUUAAUGUAACACAUCAAGUGUUUGACCAUGAAGGAACAUCAAGACAAUGGUAUCAAGUUAUCUCUCUAGUAACUGUUUUACUGGUGUUGUUAUUAUAUUUCUCCUUGCAGCUGGAAAACAUCGGUUGGAGCUGCUGCCUGGAUGCAACUGAUGAUGCUACAGAUGAUGUUUUGUCGUUGGACUAUAUUUUUAAAUGUAACAGUGAAUGCAGUCAACAGGUGAGCUAAAGCCAAUAUCUUCCAAAGAGAGCCAGAAAAAAACUAGUUUAGUGAAGGUAUCAGACAUUAUGCCCUGUUACACAAGUAUUUAAUGAGGCCAUCCGAGUUGCACUGGAUGGGAGUAGGAAGAAAAUAAAGCAGUUGUUGUUUUGUCUACAGGAAUUUGCAUUGGUACAUGUUUUUGGUGGAAUAACUUUUUGUGUUGACAUUGCACACAGUUAAUCUGUUCAAUCACAAAGCCAUACCAUGUUGCAGUUUGUGGUUGCUUUGUGUCUAUUUUCUGCAGUUUGAUGGACCUUUCUUUCGCUCAGCUUCUUGUGUAUUUUGACAUCAUUCACUGUUUCUUGCCAGAAUCAGGCAUUGAAUAGUAUUCUGUCUUAAUGCUGAUGGUCUUAUUUGCUUUAAAGGGUUUUAGAGAGCAUCACUGUUUGUCUCAGUCCAUUUCAUAACCAGCAAAGUCUUCAGUUGAGAUUUAUAUGAAGUUAUGUAGAAAAAAACGGACCACUUUAGUGAAUUUAAAUUAGUUUUUAGCAAAAUACCCACAACUGCAAAAGUUAAAUUCAUCCUAUAUCUUAAAAUACUUCAUCUGUUAUUCUCAGUAUUUUGAGCUCACAUCACAGCUGGAGCUGAGGCUCAGCCGUGAUCUUGAUAAGUGUCUACAUGCGACCUCUGGGAGUGUCCUUGUGUCUCUUAAAAGCUGCCAUCUGAAGGGGAAAGGAACCACAGCAGCUGUCAACCAAAUGUGGAUCUACACAAAGGUACUUUCACAAGUAUUUCUACAUCACCUUAAACUAUAGAGCAACAUCUGUGACAAUACUUUACCAAGCUUUACAAAGAAAUCCUGCCACUCAUUCUUGUCUCUCAACCACUAAAAUCAGCUUGUGUUGUUGUUUCUUUCAGAAAAACCAGCUGAUGAACUUGUUGACAAGAGAGUGUUUAACUGGCAUCAAUGGAGUUGUGUUGAUGACCACCUGUGACGUAAACAAACUAAACCAAAAGUGGAUCUUCAACCGACCCUAG